AACAGCUUCAAUCUCCGCGGAGAAGAAGAACCAGCGCCGUUUGUUUAGUUAAAAUCAGAACCAAGCAAAUAUGACCGAAUUUGCUGAGCUAUUCAUGAGUACAUUUGUUUAGCUGCCAACUUGCGCCUCGAAGUUACCGCCCACCGUCGAGUUGCCUCUCCGGACGGAAACAUCGCAAGCAACGAUAUUAACGGUGUCCGACAGUCCAGCCGUCCAACCUUCUGAAGUUUUACGAAAAAAAAAACGGUUGUCCAGAUGAAACCUGACCAUGACUGGAAGAGGAGGGAGGUGGGCUGCCAGAGCAACCUGGCAGAGACGAGGGACGCCAGCGUCCAGGUGGACCUGCUGACUCAGCAGUUCAGCAGGAGAUGCUCAGGUGGCUGUGGUACGCAGUGGCAGUGUGUGUCCAUCAAAGCAGAUGAACCAUUAGGGGGUGAUCUGCUUCAGCACAUCAACCGGUCACUCCCUCAGACUGCUGGCAGCCCUGCCUUCUACCUGCUCUACCCCACCUUCUUACCCACAAUGCCUUUGUUCUCCAAGUCUGAGUCUGUAGAACCACUGCAUUGCUGCUCCUUACCCAGUAUGCUUCAGUGCAGUGCGUCUUCCACCGAAGGGGGGAUGUGCAGUGCUCCUUCUCCUGCAGAUGUCCUGGCUGUUCCUCCUGGACUCAUUGCUCCCCUCAGCCCAAGUCUGUCUGAGGAAGAGGAGGAGGAGGAGCAGGAGAAGAAGGAGGAAGAAUGCUUAUCAGAGCAGGAAAAUAAUAAGUGUUCGUCUGCUGGGCAAUUGACACUGAAGGCAAAAAAGAGAAAGAAGGUGUCUCAUGCGUCCAGAACAAAGUCCCAGCCAACUGACAGCCUGACCAAUCACAGAGCAGGAAAACCCCCGCCGAGCAGGAGGAGUCUCUGCAGCCCUGCCCACCAAAAGACUAGCUUGAUGGAAGAUGAUCAGAACAAGAUGUCAAAGACCAAACAGCAAGAAGAGAAACAUCAGGGCAGAAAACCUUCAGCUGGAGUCCAACACAGCCCAGCUGAGGGAGGAGUCAAACCAAAAACUGAUGCAUCAGAACAGGCCAGGAGGCCGAGGAGGACGAUGGUCCAUCCUCCAAUCAGAUACCGACAGGAUUAUGAGGAGCAGUCACAUGGCCUGUCAUCAGCCAAUCGCAGUCGAGAGAGGAGAGCCGAGCUGAAGAAGAAGCAGAUAAUGAUGAGGAGGACACAUCAACAGGAGGAGAUGAAGUUGGACCAGGUGUCAGGGGGACAGACAGACAGCAGUAGGAUGGAGUCAGAGAACAGAGGAGUGGAAAGGUGGAGGCAGCACUGUCAGGUGUGCGGUCUGAGCUUCACCACCUGGGCAUCUCUGCAGCUCCAUCUGUCUGUCCACAGAAAAGGAUGGAUGUUCAGCUGCCAGCUUUGUAACAGGAGGUUCAGUCAUAGCAGCAGCCUCCACACGCACUGUCACACACACCACAGCAGCUACAAAGCUGGUUGCCACGGCAGCAAAAUAAGGGCGAAGCUGAGGGAAGCUGAAACUGGUGACGGCAAAGAAAAGUGGAAGGAAGAGGAGGUGGAACAGGUGGAAAAACUGCCUCGCUUCCCAGAACCUGAUUGGUCGAGUCAAAAACAUAUUAGCAGGAGUGCAUGUUGGUGGGUCGACUACAAGGCACUGAAGAAGAGGAGUUCACAGAAGAGGAAGAGAGUGCAGCAAGAAGAUGGUUUAAUGGAGUGGAAAAAGAAGAGGUUCAGAAUGGAGAGUGGGGAGGUGGGGGUAAAACGAGUCUGUGUGGGAAAGAUUACUAGAGUACAGGAGGUGGAGCAGCCUCAGAGGCCAAGGAGGAGGAUGGUCGGCCCACCAAUCAGAUACCUUUUAGAGUCUGAGGAGGUGUCACAUGGGGCCAUAAUGACCAAUAAAACCAGUCAGUAUGGAGAUAAAAUCAAACAUGGAGUAAGAGCACAGAAAGAGGUCAUUGAGGGUGGGGCUUCACAGGUGAUUAACAGGCUGGAGGACAUGGAGAGACCAAGUGGUCUUAUCACAACCAAGGGACUGACAAGUCACAUGAUCGCAGAAGGAAAAGCUAAAGAUGGAAUAGAAAUAAAUGACAAGAAGCCUCAGAGACCACAGAGGAAGAUGGUCGGCCCACCAAUCAGAUACCUUCUACAGACAGAGGAGCCGCCACAUAGUCUUGUAACAACCAAUCACAGCCUAGAACACAAAGCCAAACAGUGGAGAGGAGGACCAAAAAUGGCCAGCAGUGAUGCUGGGGGCGGUACCUUAAAGAUGAUUGACAGCUCUAAAGCUGUAGACGAACAGAAGGAUCACAUCACUUCAGAGAAAGAGACAGCCCACACGGUGUCCAAGGAAAAUAGAGAAGAGCAUCAGAGGCCAAGGAGGAAAAUGGUCAGGCCGCCAAUCAGAUACCUUCAAGAAUUAAAGGAGCUCUCACAUGUUAUUGCAACACCGAAAAACACUGAAAGCGACAUCGGACAAAGUUUAGGAAGUCCAAAGAAGGUUAUUGGUGAUGUUGAGGGUGGGGCCUUACAGAUGAUUGACAGUCCUAAGGAUGUGGCUAGAGAAACAGGUCACAUAGUUUUAAAAGAAAAAGAGGAGGAAGAUGGAAGAAGAAUACAUUGUGAAGGAAAUGAAAAGCCUCACAGGCCUGGGAGGAAGAUGGUUGGCCCACCAAUCAGAUAUCUUUUACAGAUACCUUUUAUAGAGGAAAAGUCACACGGUAUAGUAACAACCAAUCACAACGCAGAAAACAAAAUCGGACAAACUUCAGGAAGAACAAAGAAGGUUGUCAGUGUCAGUGAUGCUGGGGGCGGGGCCUCAGAGAUGUUUGACAGGCCUACGGAUGUUGCAACACAAGCAGGUCACAUAGUUUUAAAAGAAAAAAGAGAGGAGGAAGACAGAGGAAGAAUACAUUGUGAAGGAAAUGAAAAGGUCAUGGAGCAGCCUCAGAGGCCAAGGAGGAAUAUGGUCGGCCCACCAAUCAGAUACCUUCUAGAGUCAGAGGAGUUGUCACAUAGUUCUGUAAUAACCAGUCAGAAGACAGAAAACAAACCCAAACAAAGUGUAGAGAAACCAAAACAGGUUGAGGGUAGAAGUGAUGCUAAGGGCGUGUCCUCAACAACAAUAAUUGACAGGUCUGAAGCUGUAGACAGACAAACAUGUCACAUGACUACGGAUAGAAAGGCAGUUCAUUUAGUUUCAAAGGAAAAAAGAGAAGAAGAAAGUGAUGCUGAUGGUGUGUCCUCAGAGAUGAUUGACAGGUCUGAAGUUGUAGAUAGGGAGACACAUCACAUGGUUUCAAAGGAAGAAAGAGAAGAAGAGCAUCAGAGGCCGAGGAGGAAGAUGGUUGGCCCACCAAUCAGAUACCUUUUAGAGUCAGAGGAGCUGUCACAUGGAGCUGUGGCAACCAAUCAAAGCACUGUAAACUGUCCUGGAAAACCAACACCAACUGAUGGAGAAAGUGAUGCUGAAGGUGUGUCCUCAGAGAUGAUUGACAGGUCUGAAGUUGUAGAUAGGGAGACACAUCACAUGGUUUCAAAGGAAGAAAGAGAAGAAGAGCAUCAGAGGCCGAGGAGGAAGAUGGUUGGCCCACCAAUCAGAUACCUUUUAGAGUCAGAGGAGCUGUCACAUGGUGCUGUGGCAACCAAUCAAAGCACUGUAAACUGUCCUGGAAAACCAACACCAACUGAUGGAGAAAGUGAUGCUGAAGGUGUGUCCUCACAGAUGAUUGACAGGUCUGAAGUUGUAGAUAGGGAGACACAUCACAUGGUUUCAAAGGAAGAAAGAGAAGAAGAGCAUCAGAGGCCGAGGAGGAAGAUGGUUGGCCCACCAAUCAGAUACCUUUUAGAGUCAGAGGAGCUGUCACAUGGUGCUGUGGCAACCAAUCAAAGCACUGUAAACUGUCCUGGAAAACCAACUGAUGGAGAAAGUGAUGCUGAAGGUGUGUCCUCAGAGAUGAUCGACAGGUCUGAAGUUGUCGAUAGGGAGACACAUCACAUGGUUUCAAAGGAAGAAGGAGAAGAGCCUCAUAGACCCGGGAGGAAGAUGGUCGACCCACCUAUCAGUUACCUUUUACAGACACCUUUUAUAAAGCAACAGUCACAUGGUAUAGUAACAACCAGUCACAGUGCAGAAAACAAAAUUGGACAAAGUUUAGGAAGACCAAAGAAGGUAGCCAGUGUCAGUGAGUCUGGGGACAGAACGUCAGAGAUGAAUGACAGGCCUAAGGAUGUGACGAAACAAACAGGUUACAUAGUUUUAAAAGAAAAAAGAGGGGCGGAAGAUGGAGAAAGAAUACUUGAAGGAAAUGAGAAGGUAGAGGAGCAACCUCAAAGGCCGAGGAGUAUUACGAUUGACCCACCAAUCAGAUGCCUUGUAGAGUCAAAGAAGCUGUCACAUGGUUUCGUAACAGCCUAUCACAACACAGAAAUCAACAUUGGACAGAGUUCAGGAAGAUCAAAGAAGGUUGUCAAUGAAAGUGCUACUGAGAUGAUUGACAGACCUGAAGGUGUAGCAAGACAAAUAGGUUACACUGUCUCAAAAAAGGAAACGGAGGAGGACGAGAAAAGAGUAGAUGGUGAGGGAAAUGAGAAGGUAGAGGAACAGACUCUGAGGCCGAGGAGGAAGUCUGUCGGCCCACCAAUCAGGUACCUUCUAGAGUCAGAGGAGCCAUCGCAUAAUGCAGAAAACAAAUCCAAACAAAAUGUAGAAAGACUAAAGCAAGCUGAAAGUAAAAGUGGUGCUGAUGAUGGGGUCUCGAGGAUUAUUGACAGGCCUGAAGUUGUAGAUGGAUGGAAAAGUCACAUGAUUACAGAGAAAGUAAAAAGUCACAUGGACUUCAAGAAAGAAAACAAUGAAGAGCCUCACAGGUCAAGGAAGAUGGUCGACCCACCAGUUAGAUACCUUCUACAGUCAGAGGAGCUGUCACAUCGUGUUGUUACAACCAGUUACAAUGCAGAAAUCGACAUUGGACAAGAUUUAGAAAGGUCAAAUGAGGUUGUCAGUGAUAGUGAUGAUGUGGGCGGGGCCUUAGAGAUGAUUGACAGUUCUGUGGAAAAGGGUCACAUGGUCCUUGACAAAGAAACAUGGACUUACCUGGCCUACAGAGACCCGCAAAGUGGUGAAGUGACCAUCAUCCUACCAUGCUUUGUCAGACUGCAGCGCAUCCUGUAAACUGGUGGAACACUUUUGCAGUUGAUCUUUUUUUUUUUUUUUUUUUUUUUAGUCAGAUUGUUCUGUUAAAAAAUAUCUAGUUAAUUUGUGUCACCUUUUAUUAGUUAGAUGUUUAUUAAAUAGUUUUGGAAACUGAACAGGUUUGUACAAGUAAGACAGAAUUCAGGACAGUGUGCAGGGGUACUUUUCCACGAAAUGUUCUAUUCUGUUUUAUUCUAUUCUAUUCUUCAGUAAUUUAGCAGACAUCUUUCUCCAAAUGUGAAGAACAAAAUAUAACUUAAAAGUAUUCUGACAGUGGUGUGUUGAUUACACACUUUUUAUUCUGUAUUUAAAAUUCAAAUUUAAUAUGUUCCACAUGACAAUAGUGUACAUUUUUUUCUAAUGUAUUUACUGUAAAAGUGUAUUUUUACUUUGUAAAUUUCUCUCUGAUGGAAGUGUAAUUUCUUACACUUUAAAGAAAAAUGAGUUUUUAAUAAAUUUGAGUUUA